AUGCUACCCGAAGGAAGCACGAGGGAUGGGAUACCGACAGGUUGCCCGAGCCUAGAUGGAGGAAGUCGAGAGGGAGAGGUCGGCUCCAAACCACAAACCUUCUUGAACAUCCGACAGUUGGGGAGAGGGCAGAUCAGGAUUGCCGUCAGCAUGUUUCAGCAAAUGCAACUUGGAUUGGGCAAAGAUCCACAGUAG